AUGAUUCGUUAUAGACUUAAAAAUUUACGUUUUCGGAGAUGGAACUUGUCAUUGGUAAGGAAGUAUUCAGUAAUAUAUAAAGAUUCUUACCGAUCAAUACCAGAUUUUGAGACUUUAGAAGAUUUGAAUAAGAUUAAUUCAGCAGCAUUUGAUCGACUAUCAAAAGCCUAUAAACUUUUAAAGAACCAAAAACCUUUCAAAAAUACCGUAUUAGAAUGCCACACCAUCUAUAAAUUGGAUGAAGCGAGCUUUCUUGAAGAUUUAAUGAAAUAUCCGAGAAUCAAUCAAGACAUGAUCAAGUUUUUAAUGACUAAAUAUCCGAAAUCGAAUUCUGUGAGAUCUCUAAUUCUAGAUGAUUUGAAGACGUUAGUUCUCUCUGAAAAAUAUGAUACGUUUUUAAAUGUGAUAGGUCUUUUGAGAGAGAAAGAGGUGUCAAAUGAAAAUAUAUCAUUUGAUUUGCAGGGGAUCGAUUCUUCUCAUCACGACAUAAAGAGCCAAUAUGCCAAUAUUUUAGUGAAGCAAGCGAUAGACUCAGGAGAAAAUACUUUGGGAGCAGCAUAUGCCAUAGACUUCACAAAUAAUAAUCUAGUCAUGAGUAAUGAAACAAUUUCGAACCUAUUACAAUCAUUUACAUUCGACACUAACAUCAAUCAUACUUUUAAUUCUUUCACGAUAUUGAAGAUACUUCAAAAAUUAGUUCCAAAUAUAUCUGCUGAGCAGAAAUGUGUCCUAUUGGAUUAUUUUUUGGAAGCUGAUGGACCUCCUUACUUUGCUAACAUAUUUUAUGAUAAGUAUAUGUCAAACACGAUUGAGUGCUUGCAAGCUAAACCAGGAGUUAUUCAUAAAUUCAUUAGACAAAACUUGAAAUACCGAAAUACUAUUCGUGCUUUCAAUGUAUGGAGUUCAGCGAAGGAAAUGCAUAAUAUCUCUCUAACUAUCAGAGCAGAAACCAUAUGUCAACUAUUAAAAUGUUUAAGGGACAGUAAAGAUUCUUCGGUCGAACUAGCAGCACUGUCUGAAAUACCUUCCGAAUUAUUCGGUUCUGAUAGGUUGGUUGACUUUUUGCUUGAGUUCUAUGGAACUGAAUCAAAAUAUACUGAAGAAUUUGAAGCAUUGGUCAAUACUUUAUCGGCACCUUUGAGAAGACUGACGCUCUCUCUGCUUUUCGCUGCAUUUAUUUUCAAAAAAUAUGAAAGAAGAUCUGAAAGAGUAUUGCAAUAUAUCUUUGAAUCUAAAAAUGGUAUGAACGAGAGAGAUUAUAAUGUUGUUAUAAACAAACUUCUUGAGGAAGGAAAUCUUGAGAAAUGCAUUGAGAUGAUAGAAGCAUCUCCUGCUAUUAUUACGAGAUUGGCAUCUGUAAAUAUUCUCCUGAAGGUCUUAAGAUUUGAAGAAUCAACGGAGAGAGAAUCACUUUUGCUAAGGAUCAUCAAGAAGUUAAAUAGCCUUGUUAAAGAUGAAGAAAGCACUUAUCUUGUUACAAAAGAAAUCAUAAUUUACGUUACAAAGAACAUCAGCAACCGUGUGGGGAGAAGCUUAUUGACCCGCAUAACUCAAAUGGCCUCAAAUAACUCUUCCAUGUUACCUCGUCAUAGUUUGCUAAAUGUGGAUCAAUACCACUUACCAAAGGAAAUAGUUCCAUUUCUUAUUCCCUCAGCAAAAUUAAGGGUCGAUUGCUUAUAUGUAAUUAUCGAUCAAUCAAUAAUAGUUGAAGAUUUAGAGACCAUAAAAUGGUGUAUUGAAGAACUAAGACUAGAAGGUAUUUUAGUAAAGGAUAUUUUGAUAUCACUUUCAAAUAAAAGCCUGGCCUUGGUAGAUCAAAUUUUGUAUAAAAACUAA